GCCCAUGGGUCCCUUCCCAUCAUCUUGUCACCUGUGGUAUGGAGGGACGCUGAGGCCACGAGCCCUGGGCUCUUGUCACAGUGGUGCUAACAGCUUAUUCUUCUCUUUGUAAGCGCCACUUGAUUUAUAGCCCUCCAUCUCCUGGCUGCUCUCCCAGCCCUUCCGGGAAGGGGGCAGCGGCAACAGAUUUGAGCCGUUCCCUGGAACGAUCACUCCGGGAGCGCUGCUCUCCCUGUGGAUUUGCAACCUCACCGCUGACCUGAAACCUGACCCAAGCCCGCUCUCUGGCCAGAUGUUGCUUCACUGCUCUGUGCUGUGAAUUACUGACCUUGCAGGAAGAUGGCCGCAGAAGACGGGGUUAUGAGAUCCACCUGGCAGGGGAAAGCCGGUCGCAGCCCACUUCAGGCCCUGUACGAGAGUGACCAGUUUGAGCAGUCAUCACUGCAGGCGGUUCACCAGCAGAGACGUGAGCUGUUGAGCAACAUCUGCAACCGUUACACCCGCAAGCGGCGUCUCCUGCGGCCGGAUGACUUGCGGCACUUGGUGGUGGAUGACACGCAUGGGCUGCUCUACUGCUACGUGCCCAAAGUGGCCUGCACUAACUGGAAGCGGGUAAUGAUGGUCCUGACGGGGCAAGGCAAGUACCGGGACCCACUGGAAAUCCCCGCCAAUGAGGCCCACGUCUCAUCCAACCUGCGCACCCUCUCCGAGUACAGCAUCCCCGAGAUCAACCACCGCCUGCGCAGCUACCUCAAGUUCAUCUUCGUGCGGGAGCCCUUUGAGCGCUUGGUCUCGGCGUACCGCAACAAGUUCACCCGCAGCUACAACACAGCCUUCCACAAGCGCUACGGGACCAAGAUCAUUCGGCGACACCGGCAGGAGCCCAGUGACAAGGCCCUGGAGCGCGGGGAUGAUGUGCGCUUCGAGGAGUUCGUCUACUACCUGCUGGAUCCACGGACACAGCGGGAGGAGCCCUUCAAUGAGCACUGGGAGCGGGUGCACUCGCUCUGCCACCCCUGCAUCGUCCACUACGAUGUGGUGGGCAAGUAUGAGACCUUGGCUGAAGACGCCAACUACAUCCUCCAGCUUGUUGGGGCUGACACAAGCGUCAAGUUCCCAUCUUCAUCCAAGACCACCAGGACGACGGACGACAUGACGGCCCAGUUCUUCCAGGACAUUAGCCCCUUCUACCAAAGGAGACUCUUUAAUUUAUACAAAAUGGACUACUUGCUCUUCAAUUACUCCAUCCCCUCGUACCUCCGCAUCCGAUGAGGCAGGGGCUGGGGGGAGAGGCGAAGGAGAGCUGGGUAACUCUCAUCUUGCCAAAAUCCUCUCCUCCCACCCUGUGCUCAUCUCUUAGUUGACUUCACCCCCGUGCCCUCUCCGUUAUGGUCUGCUCCACAUCCUGAUGCCUUGUUCAUGCAUGGUCUGGAGGGAGGACACCUCUCAAAACACCAGGGCCGGAGCUUUUCCUUCUCACCCUUCAACAUCCUCGAGGGAUGGUGGUGGGGCUGGACACUGCUGGGUAGGAGGGCUUGCCUUGGCUGGGGGCUUCCUUUUAACUAAGAGACUCCUCUGUAGAUCCAAGUCUUGGAAAGGCUCCUUUUUCGGGCAGGAUCCCUUCAGGUCUUUCUCCUCCUUACUGGGCUGUUUAGGGAUGGACAUGGUGUCUUGGGGGGUGGGGUGGAGCAUGUCAGAGACUUGCAUAGAACCAGAAAUAAAGCAAUAAUUUAAUGUAAGUUUUCCCUUUCAUUUAAAGGUGCUCCCAUCUUUUCUUUUUGCCUUGUUCUCCUCCCUCUU